AUGCCUGGCAAGGACGAGAUAGGGGUCUUCGGGGACCCAAUCCCCGAGCAUCACAACGUCGAAUACGCCACGGAUAAAGAGCAUAUCCUGCCUCGCCGCAUCUUCGGGACGGCGGCCGAACGGGCCCGGCGCAAUCUGAACGCGAAGCUGGCGAAUCCGUUGGCGGGAUAUAGUCAUGAGGAACUGCGCAAACAAGGCAUCACCUUUGCCAUCACUCACCAGAUCGGCGACGAAGAGGAUAUUCGCGCGUUUGGCAUCGGCGCUGUCCUGGCGCAGACGCCGGAGAAGGUCACUAAUCUGCCCAGCAUGACGGCGGAGGAACUGGCGGCUUUGCAAAAGGAAUUCACAAAUCGUUGGUCCCAGCCGUGGACGAUGUACCUGGUCAUUAUUUUGUGCUCACUGUCGGCUGCGGUCCAGGGAAUGGAUGAAACGGUCGUCAACGGCGCGCAGAUCUUCUACAAGCAUCAGUUCGGUAUCAGCGGCAACGAUUCUCGGUCGAAUUGGCUGGUUGGCCUGGUCAACUCCGCUCCCUAUCUCUGCUGCGCCGUCAUCGGUUGCUGGCUGACGGUGCCGUUCAACGCCUGGUUUGGUCGACGAGGAACAAUCUUCAUCACCUGCUGCUUCUCCGCGCUGGCCUGUCUGUGGCAAGGAUGCGUGAAUACCUGGUGGCACAUGUUCAUAUCGCGGUUCGCGCUGGGAUUCGGCAUCGGGCCCAAGUCCGCCACGGUCCCUGUGUAUGCUGCCGAAACGGCGCCGCCAGCUAUCCGUGGUGCCUUGGUGAUGCAAUGGCAGAUGUGGACGGCGUUUGGCAUCAUGUUUGGCUAUGCGGCGGAUCUCGCCUUCUUCGAGGUGCAGGAUCAGUCUGGAAUCAUCGGCUUGAACUGGCGCCUCAUGAUGGGAUCAGCCAUGUUUCCGGCCCUCCUCGUCUGUUGUUUUGUUUUCUCCUGUCCCGAGUCGCCACGCUGGUACAUGUCCCGGAAUCUGUAUGCCAAAGCAUACCAGUCCAUGUGCAGUCUGCGGCCCACCAAGAUCCAAGCAGCCCGAGACAUGUACUAUAUGCACACGUUGCUGGAGGCAGAGAACUCCAUGAAGCUUGGGCAAAACAAAAUCUUAGAGUUGAUCGCCGUGCCUCGUAAUCGACGUGCUUUGAUUGCCUCUGAGCUUGUCAUGUUUCUGCAACAGUUCUGUGGAGUCAACGUAAUCGCCUACUACUCAUCCGAAAUCUUCCUCGAGACCACCAACCAGCGCAACGCCCUGACAGCCUCUCUCGGCUGGGGUCUAAUCAACUGGCUCUUCGCCAUCCCAGCCGUCUACACGAUCGACACCUUCGGCCGCCGCAACCUCCUCCUCACCACCUUCCCCCUAAUGGCCAUCGCCAUGUUCUUCACGGGCUUCAGCUUCUGGAUCCCCGAAGACACGCACAACUCCGCACGCCUCGGCUGCAUCGCCCUAGGCACCUACCUCUUCGGCGUCGUCUACUCCACCGGCGAAGGCCCCGUCCCCUUCACCUACUCCGCCGAAGCAUAUCCCUUGUACGUACGAUCCUACGGCAUGGCGCUAGCCACCGCCACGACGUGGCUCUUCAACUGGCUCCUCGCCAUAACGUGGCCGUCGCUGCGUAACGCGUUCACCCCGCAGGGCGCGUUCAGCUGGUACGCGGGCUGGAAUAUCGUCGGCUGGUGGCUCAUACUGAUGCUGCUGCCCGAGACGAAGGGAAAGACGCUGGAGGAACUCGAUCAGGUGUUUUCAGUCUCGACGCAUUUCCACGCUGCUUAUGGGCUGCGGCAGAUUCCGUUCUUUGUGAAACGGUAUAUAUUGAGGAGGAAGGUGCAGCCGGAGGUUUUGUAUGAAAGGGAGGAUUUGUCGGCGGUGAAUCCGGAGGCGGGAUUUAAUACUAUUUGA